CUUCCGGUUCCGGGUGCUGUGUGCUCGGCGGGCGGCUGGCCGCGGCCUUCCGGGAGGAGCGGUCUCUGGGGGUGUGGUUCCGGGUGGCGGGAGGCUGAGGGGCGAGGGGUCGCUCGAGCGCGGCGGCCUCGUCAGGGCUCGGCACAGCCAUGGAGAGCGGAGGGCGGCCGUCGCUGAGCCAGUUCAUCCUCCUGGGCACCAGCUCCGUGGUCACCGCCUUCCUGUACUCCGUGUACCGGCAGAAGGCCCAGGUCGCCCAGGAACUCAAGGGAGCUAAAAGAAUCCACUUGGGGGAAGACUUAAAGAGUAUUCUUUCAGAAGCUCCAGGAAAGUGUGUGCCGUAUGCUGUUAUUGAAGGAGCUGUUCGAUCUGUUAAAGAAACGCUUAACAGCCAGUUUGUGGAAAAUUGCAAGGGGGUGAUUCAGCGGCUGACGCUUCAGGAGCACAAGAUGGUGUGGAACCGGACCACCCACCUCUGGAACGACUGUUCUAAGAUCAUUCACCAGAGGACCAACACGGUGCCCUUUGACCUGGUGCCCCACGAGGACGGCGCGGGCGUGGCGGUGCGCGUGCUGAAGCCCCUGGACGCGGUGGACCUGGGCCUGGAGACGGUGUACGAGAAGUUCUACCCCUCCAUGCCGUCCUUCACGGACGUCCUCGGCCACUACCUCAGCGGGGAGCGGCCCAAGGGCAUCCAGGAGACGGAGGAGAUGCUGAAGGUGGGGGCGCCGCUCACGGGGGUGGGCGAGCUGGUCCUGGACCACAGCUGCGUGCGCCUGCAGCCCCCCAAGGGGCCGGGCAUGCAGUACUUCCUGAGCAGCCAGGACUUCGACAGCCUGCUGCAGCGGCAGGAGUCCAGCGUCCGGCUCUGGAAGGUCCUGGCCCUGGUCUUCGGCUUCGCCGCCUGCGCCACCCUCUUCUUCCUCCUCCGGAAGCAGUACCUGCGGCGGCGGCGCGAGCGGCGGCGGGCGGAGGAGGAGUUCCGGGAGCGCGCGUAUCCCGAGGAGGACCGUCCCGAGGAGGACCAGGAGGGCCCGAAGGGCGCCUGCGUCGUGUGCCUGAGCAACUUCCGGUCGUGCGUCUUCCUGGAGUGCGGGCACGUGUGCGCCUGCAUCCAGUGCUACCGCGCGCUGCCUGAGCCCCGGCGGUGCCCGAUCUGCAGGCGGGAGAUCAGCCGGGUGGUGCGCUUGUACAACAGCUAAGGGGGGGCGCGGGGGCACUCCGCCCUGCUUCGGGGGUGUUUAUCAUCUCCGGGUCUUUACAAGAGCAGUGACGGGGCCGCUGCCAGCCGCGGAAGGUCGCCUUUGUCCAGCGUGGGGGUGGCCUUUGCCAGCCCGGGGCACAGGCGCAGAACCCCGCGCCCUGCCCUGGCACGGGCCACGGGGGUGCCGCGUCCCUUCCUUGGAGCCAGGUGAGCCCGUGUGUGGCUGAGAGGAGCCCACUGCCCGAGCGCCAAAGUCUGUGGCCUCCAGCUUUUCUGUCUGUCGUCUUCUCCACGCUCCCCUGACCGGGGUGUGGGUCCCUGUGGACCUGAGCCUGAAUGACUGGCCAGAGGGCAGAGCAGAGUCGCCUUGAGGAGCCUGAGAGCAGACCGCGGGGCAGCCUUCCCCUCCCUUGCUUCCCCCCCAUCCCCCAGGGAAGAGUCUCCAGACUGCUCCUGUGCCCCCGUCCCUUACCCUGCGGCCUCCCACAUGUACGCAGGUGCUUCAGCAUCAAGGGAGUGAAUGCGGCAUCUGCCCUCUGCCUAACAGGCCGGGACUCUGGUCGGAGAAAGGAGGCAGGUCACAAGCAGGGGCACUUGGAAUGGUGCCCGUUCAGUGGUCCUCCGUCUCGGUGAGGAUAGGGCCACUUAUCUGCAGCCUUCCUGGGGUCACAGGACUUAAAGAGAGGGUGCUGGGAGCACGUGGUCCGCCCUGACUUGGAACUCAGAAGUCUGAACCGGCUGAGGGCUGGCUCUGGUGUUCUCUGCCCAGGCUGAGCUGGAAAGGUCUUAGCCACAAAGGAAGCAAUAAGGAUGCUGCUGUCCCAGCCUUGAGUUUUCUCAGCUUCUCACGGAGGCUCCCACCAAGGAAAAGUAGCAGCCAGCAUCUUGAGGCCAGGGCCUUGUCCAGGCUAACCCUAACCCCGCCCCCGAAAGGCUCACCUCCCGAGAGUGCCUCACACCGCCCCUCCUCAGCGCCCUGCACCCCUCCCUCGUCCCGCUCGACUCCGUGAGUGCAGACAAGUGGGGGGCCGCUCUCACUGCCUCUGAGUGGCCGAGGUCACCGAAGUCCCGCGCACUAAAGUCACAGCACUUUCUUCUCCCCCUUCCCUGGCUCUGAGUGUCCUUGCUCCCAUCCCCCUUCGUGUGGGGGCGGGGGGUGCUCUCGGGGCUCACACCAGCUCUAUGCAGUGUCCAGUGUGGACGGCACUAAUAAAACACCUUACAACCGCC